UUCAGAUUGGUCUCACCGUGCUGGUCGUGCAAAGACAAAUUCGGACAUUUAUCAUGUCGUGCAAAAGAUAGUUUCUGUUUCGUCCAAUAAAUAAAUUCAUCGUUCAAAAGCUAGUCGUGCCAAGCCGUUGCGUCGUUGUUUUUGAUACACUGAACAAGCAGCCCAAAUCUUCCUGGGCUCACUUCUAAAUAAAAGUAAAGCCAUUUUUGGGUAACUUUUUUCCCGGCACUCAGCUUCACUGAAAUAUACGAACAUGAUCCCCUUGUUGUUUCUCCAAAAAGGCGCACCUACCCUUUGACAUUCAAUCCAACCACUGCCACGUAGCGACCACUGCUUCUAGCAUCUAAGUUGAGCUGCAAGAGCAGUGCUUAUGACGCUCUCACAGAAGCAGGAUCACGCUCAUCUCGUCGUGUCCUGUCAUGUACCCUGAAAAUAAAGCACUGACGAAUCAUUGUCAUAGACGAGUCAACUAUGCACAGCGCUUCGAGUAGCCAGCCUUGGACGCGGUAUACGCCGCGUCGCGGGCAUGUGUACAACAACUCUGCCAGCAAAAACACGACGAGCUCUCGCUCUCCAGCGCCUCCCGGGGAGCAUCAACACCACAGCAAAAUGACCUUCAUUGCGGGCUCCGAGCUAGACCAACAAAACCCAGAUUCGCUCGACCGGUACAGAUUAGAACUGGAGGACGACCUCCGGAAGCAGCAGUGGCAGGGUCGCGGCGGGAUCAUGGAGCUUGGAAUCCACACGCAGUCGCCCAGGCCCCGGCCCAAGGGCGAAAACACGGAUUUGGCGUUUAGCAACACGAUGCGAAGGUACAUAGAUGAAUGUGUUUCUCGACACUGUUUGUGUUUCAAACUUGUUGCAGAAUUAGAAUCAUGAACGCAAAAAUGAAAAAUCAAAAUGCAGCUCUAAUAUCUUGCGAGUAAAAAACGUAAAUCAAAGGGCGAAAAUGACCACCACACGCCGGCCACGGCAAAACAUAGUAAGUAAAAAAAACGGUCAUUUUACCAAUAUUUUACCAUUACAUACCUCACAGGUCUCAAAUCGGCUCCACCUACGGCACCUCCUCCAACCGCCACGUGCCUGGCGCCCUGCCGGUGAACCCGGCCUCCCCUUCCAUGUCCAACGUGCAAGCGGAUCUGCUGGCGAAAAAGCAGCAGCUGUACCGGUUGGAGCUGGAGCGACAGAUCGCGGAGAAAAAGAAGAAGGAGAAGGAGCAGCGAAGGAGGGAAAUCGAGUUGGAAAAGCAACACCUACAAGCCUCGCCCGAAGACGGGUUCAAACACAACCGAGGCUGGAACAACCGGGACCGGGGGUACAAAAUUUCCCCCCUGCUCACCGAGGGCGACAUUCCGGCCGGGCGGCCCUACGAUAGCAGCAAGGAGGCGGUAUACAGCAACAGCGAAUACGGGGGCGGUAGUCAGUAUCACUCCCCUGCUCCCGGGCCGGCGUCCGCAAGACCUUUGUCGCCAGCCGGAGGUGGGGUAGAAGUAGACCAGCAAAUGGUGCAAAAUCUGUACACGUAUGAAGAGCAGUAUCAACAAGUCCAGAACGCCUCCCGACCGCAGUCCCCGCGGUCCCGGUCUCCCCGCAGUCACUCGCCGAAGACCUCCUUCGCGCACCAGAACCAGAACCGCAGGACGUUUGACCCGUUCGAGAAUCGCAACACGCGGGACGACUUCCAGGUGCAGAUGUUUGCCGGGCCGGGGAAGGAGUUCGGCCCGGGCUUGUUCGCCGGGUUGGGGGUGUACAGCAGCCCGAAACGGUCGCAGAUCGUGCAGAAAGAGCUCCAGACGGAGCUGAGUCGGCAGAUCCAGGAGAAGCGCCUGCGCAAGGAACUGGAAAAGCACCGGGAGAAGCAGGAGCAAGAGCAGCUGGACCGAAAAAUCGUGCUCGAACGCGAGGAAAUGGUCCGGAAGUACGAGAUGGAGAUGCGGAAAGGGAAAAACACGCAAACGUCCACAGGUGUUGAGCAAGGGAAGCCGGGAAAUAAUAACGCGUUUGCAUCGUCUCUUUCUCCCAUGGUAGCUACAGCGAGCGGAGGUCCUUCCGCGAGCAGAAAGAGCAAGACUAGUGCAACUACUACGCCAACAAAGGGGCCGGCGUCAAAAACCAGCAACACAUCUACUUCAUCACCAACGCAGCACCAGCACAAGACCGCCGCAUCCAGCACAAAGAAGAAAAAGAUCGACAUUGACGCGGAGUGGGCAGCCUGGAAGAAGGCCAAUAACGUACAGAAAACGCCGGACGGGACCCCGCCGCCCUCCCGGGGGAACACGAAGGUUCUGCACUCCCCGCCGUCGGAGGCAGAUUUGUACCUGCGAAACGAGUUCAACGUCGUGACCGACAGCGACAUGCGGUCGGAGUCCAAGCCGAUGGGCCGGGACGUGAACGACCAGCGACCCUACGAUGUGAGUACCGAGAAAAGGCAGUUGGAGUACGAGAAGUUGCGCGACGAGUGGGAGAACGACUACGUGAACCUGCGGCCCCCGUUUGUUGAUACGACCGUCGGGCCGCCGAAGGUUUCGUUCUUUCACCACGAGCGGUUUCCGGACGCCUACCCAAAAUUUGGCUCGGCGUUGGCUCGGGACGGCCAAAUGCAGGAAGAGUACCACAGCAUGCUGCAGGGUACGAUCGCAAGUCUUCGCGAAGAGGAACAAGCAGGGGGAGACCGAAUAAUAAAUAAAGGACAACUACCAACAGCACCUUCCUCUCCCUUCCCGGUCACAAACGCCCGGCACUACAGUCCCUUGCAGAGCCGAGCAGCAAACCAGAACAAUGAUCCCUACAGCCACUUGCGACUGAAGACGUCCGACCUCGUCGCGAGUCGGGAGUCGCAGAUUCUCCGGCUGCACAAGGCGAACAACGAGUCCAUGCAGCAGGAACUGGAUGGCUUGAAGGAGCAGUCGAAACAGCAGCGGGUGGACAUUCGCGUGCAGAUGGACGGGUUAAAACGCGAAGCGCAUAACGUGCAGCUCCAGCACCAAAGAGCAUUGUACGAAGAUUUCAUGGGCAUCAACACCGUCCUCAAUUCACCGGUGAAAGAGGCGAGAGGUAUCUAUUUCAAUUUCUGAGACUGUAAAAAUCUUUUUGCGCCAAUCUUCGUGAACUAGUUGCAAGCACCACGACCUAAAUUAGCGAACAUGCCUAGAAAGAAAAAUGAAGGUGACGGCUCUAGUACUGCCACUGCUCCAAAUCUAACAAAAAAAUCAUGAACACAAUUAUCACAGCCCUGACCACCUACGAGUUGGGCCUUUCGGGGUGGAACGGCCCCACGAUGGGCGAGUCGCUGCGCAACGAGCUCGCCCGUCCGCUGGACGCGACGUCCGACUUCGUUCCUCCGAAGGCUUCGGUAUUAGAUGCGCUGUACGGCCCGGCGGAGCGGAAGAAAUUACUGGACGACUUCUUGGCCGUGGAGCGGGAAAAUCUGUACAAGAACGUCUUGUACGACCGGGAAGUGGGCGCCGGCCCAAGCGGUAGACGGAACUUCGCCAACGAGGAAGAGGCUUUGCUGCGGACAAGGGACAACUGGACGGCGCUGGUGGGAGAAGAGGAGGAAGAUGAAGCCACUCGUGGUGCGACGAGCCAAGUGCCAGGACAAGCACAAGCGAUAUCAGCUUCCGCCCCGGCGGAAAUUAUAGCAGGGGCGGGCGAACCAGAUAUAAUAACGGACCAGCAGCAUGUAUAUGAUGCACAACAGCAACAAGCUGUACACGACCAAGAGCAAGAACAGCCGCCCCUGUCACCAACUUUGAGUGUGAAAUCCACUGUGAGCAAAAAGUCCGCUUACCCCCAGUACCCGGUUUCGAAAAUCACCUUUUACCCCGGGGAAGUCGGCUACGUCCCGGAGAAGCCUGCAACGCCACCGGUCGAAGUAGAUGAGAGCACUGCUUCUAAAAUGCCGAACGAAGCCCCAUCCGGCCCGAAGCUCCCGCGCGUCACGCUGUUGGAGGAGGAGGACGAAAUCCUUCGGAAGGACGACUGGUAUGAGAAAAUGCCACGUCACGACUACCCGGUACCGCCAAAGUCCCCAGUGAUGAAGAUAACGCCCCCGAUUUUUGUCACGGACCUGAUGAACUCGCUGGACUUGGAGACUUCGCAAAAAGAGUCCUCGUCCAACCCCGCUGCGAUAGACACAAACCGGAGCAACGCCAGCUCGGUCAACGCAGAAGUGUUGAAAGCGCACGCUACGAGCGUUCCCGGCUGGUUUUUUCAAAGAAAGUAUCGCGAGAUGGAAAUCAGGACGUUAAACAACAAUCAGGAAGAUAAAGAAGCAGUCGAAAUGAACGAGCCACAGGACGACCAGACGCCCGGCUGGUUUUUCCAGCGGAACUAUCGCGAGGACGAUAAGGAAGAGCAGAAACUCUCUCCUCUUCCAUUAGGCGGAGCAGAUGCCACGACGGCUAACGACCCAGAGCAACAGGAAUUGGAUCACGACCCGCAGAACCUCGACGCGUUGUCCCCGAAAUCCCAGUUGUCCCAGGCGUCGCAGGCUAGUUCCCCCCUGGCAGUCGACACGGAAAAGUACGACUUUGUCUGCAUUUUCGGCCGCGACCAGUCGGAGGCACAAACCGGGGGUCAAAUGCUCGACCCGACCUGCCAAAACUGGACGCAGCUAAAAGACCUCGCCAAAACCGCGGACACCAUUUUCAUCAGCUCCGACGACACACACUACGUGCGCUUGCGGGAAAACGUGAAGUGGCCCUUGAACCGGUUGGCGGCGGGCUACCCUUUUUCGAUCGGCCCCUUCAACAUCCCCGCGAAGGAACAAGAGCAGUAUGCGUUCAAGCUAACGGAGGAACAAAACUUGCUGCUAACCAAACCGGGGAUCAACCUGGGUGGCAUAGAGGACAAACCGAGAGAAGGCGAGUACAUGGUCAGCGAGGCUUUGGCGAAAGCGACGUGGACCGGACCGUGCGUGGCGAACAUGGCCUACCCCUUUGCGCAGCCACCAGAAGUGUACUCGAACGAAAGCGGGGACGACUCCAUUAAGUACCUGUACCACGCCUGCUACAACGCGGAGGGGCUGCAAUUAGUCGUCAACGCCGGGGACGGUAGCUGCGGCUGGCAGAAGGGAACGCCGGAUGACAUUUCAGUCUACUUGGGGUUCCUGAAAAAGGGAUAAGUCUGAAAUUGAUAUGGAGGGCAACUUCUGCUGGUGUCUGCAGCAGAAGACCACAUAGUAGCUCUUUCUUGCAGAUGAGUUCUUGUUGUGCGGUAUGUCUCCGUCGUCCGACUUUACAUCCGGAUUUCUCACCACCUCAGAGCAAAGGAGGAGUAAAACUAGAACUCGACGAGCCAGCCGGUGUAUCAGCAUGCUCAGUCUUUUUAGUAUACGGUGAUUUACCGUCUUCAGAAUAGCGGCAACACCAACACAUGUAGAAGUUUGCGACUUUUGGUCACUUUGAUCUUCACGCCAGAAUCCGGCUGUUCUCCAAACAGAAAAUUUUCGCUCUGUACGAUAUUUUUCGCUCUGAACGCACAUAUUGUGUUUGUAAUCUCUCGUGCCGGAAAAACUAACGGGACAAGAAAAUCAAGAAGAGC